AUGGCACAAACGAUACCUGGCAAGACAGCGAUUGUGACGGGCGCGGGUUCUGGCAUCAAUCUUGAGUUUGCACGUCUGCUACUGAAGCAUGAAGCCAAUGUCGUCUUUGCAGACCUCGGCCUCCGACCAGAAGCACAAUCCCUGGUUGACGAGUACAAGGGCAAGGCAGUCUUUCAACGCACGGAUGUCACGUCCUGGGCGGACCUAGACCAGAUGUUCAAGACCGCCCUCGACACCUUCGGAUCAAUCGACAUCGUCUGCCCCGGUGCUGGUGUCUUUGAACCGCCCUUUUCCAAUUUCUGGAUCCCACCCGGCACAGGCGUCUCGAGGGACAAGCCACAAGGAGACCGCUAUGCUGCCCUGGACAUCAACAUCACUCAUCCGAUUCGAGUCACGCAGAUGGCGAUCUCUCACUGGUUGAACAUGUCGCCGCCAGUGAGCACGUCCAAUCCCAAGACUGUGGUCCAUAUUGCCAGCAUAGCAGCCGAAGUUGCCGAUCUUGGAGUACCAAUGUACUAUGCAGCUAAGCACGCCGUCAAAGCAUUCGUGAAAUCCAUGACCGCACUGGAAGAGCACUUCGGUAUUCGUGUUGCUUGUGUCUUACCCGGCGUCGUGAAGACGCCACUUUGGACUGAUCAUCCGGAGAAGCUCAAGAUGGUCAAGCAGGAAGGUAAGGACAAGGACGAAUGGGUCACUCCCGAGGAAACCGCACAAGUCAUGCUCAACUUGGUGAAGGAUAAUGAGAUGGCCGAGAAGAUCUCGGGUGGCGGGAGCAACAAAGUGCAGAUUCGGGGAGGGACAUGCUUAGAGGUACUGUGUGAUCAUGUGCGGGACGUGCCGCUCCUGAACAAUGUCGGGCCGGGCGCGACGGGUGUGGGAGGAGCGAGUGUGCAGAACGGCGACACGGUCUUCAACGAGGUCAUUGAUAGUCUGAAGACCAAGGCUGGGGACUGGUGGAAGGUCAGACAAACGGGAAGACUGAGGAGGGGCACGUGA